UCAAUCUUUCAGGCGCUUUGCAGGGAUCCACCACCGACUGGCAGCCAUGAGGAUCCUCUACCUGCUCUUUGCCGUUCUCGUCCUCCUCUUCCAGGCUGCUCCAGGUUCUGCAGACCCUCUUUUUGCUGACACUGCAGAAUGCAGGAGUCAGGGAAACUUCUGCCGUGCCGGGGAAUGCCCACCCACCUUCGCUGCCUCGGGGUCGUGCCAUGGGGGGCUGCUGAAAUGCUGUUCCAAGUAA